AUGAAGUUCGGAGAGAAGGCACAAAAAAUAUCUAGUAGCCGUCUAAUCUUGGGGAUGUGGAUUACGACCCCACUUAAGAACUUUUCCGCAUCCGCCAUCGCAAGAUUAAAUUUGGAAGAUAUUGAUUAUGUCAUCGUAAAUAUUUUGAAAGCGUCCCCAACUUCUACUGCGUCUGUGAGUUCCAGCUCAAAUAAUCGAAUAUAUGGGUAUAAACUUCCACCCAUAAGCACGAAGUGUGAAAUGAGGCUUAUGGUUUCAGAUUUUCAGGUAGCAAGAAUUGAGGCAACAAAUGUCUCAGAAUUUCAUCUCUGA